AUAAAUACUAGGUAGCAGCGUCGAUGCAACACAGUAUACGGUAAAAAGUUGUUCGUACUGCAUUCGCUACUCUAUCGAACACGAAAGAUUCAGAAUGAAGACUUUGGUGAUCAUUGUGACUGUACUAGCCCUUACGACGGUUGUAUAUAGUUUUAACUUGGCACGAUUACAAAAGUUCACCAACGACUUUGUAAAGUGCAGUGAGGAAAUGGGCAUGUCGCCGGCUCAACCCAAUGUCGAAUCAGUCAAAUGUGCGACGAUCAGAGAUGGAGAGGUCCUUAACGAAAAUCUGGAAUACAUAAGGCUGCAAGCUUUGCAGAGACUUGAGGAUAUUAUCUCCGACGCGGAUAAAUUAACACAGGCAAAAGCAAUAUACAAUAAGUGCUACGAAGAUGUUGUCCGAACCGGAAUCACAGGUGAAAAACAGACAACACAAAUUAUCACGUGUGUUAUGCCAAUGAUACCUCUUAUCGACAAACCACAGUAAAAGGGCAGUGCAAAUUUUCUCUUGAAUAUAAUGUAAAAAACGAAUGAUUACUCUCCAGAUUACUCUGUUUAACUUCAUCUGUAUAUCGUUUAUAUAUCUUUCUGUUAUGUCUCGUUUGUAUCAAUAGCAUUAAUGGUUUAGUAAAAUGUGACAGAACUAGAGAAAGUCCGACGAGACUAAAGGAAUUCUACAAUCGAAAGAGAACAUUAAACGUCCGAGCAAAUACACUUUUAAGCAUAUAUCGUCAAAAAUUAACGGUGCACGAUAGAAUAAAACCUUACAUAAUAAACAAGGAACAUAAGUACCAUCAAAAAUAGAAUAGAAGAUAGUAUCAUCAAAUUGGGAGAUCUUUAUUGCCAGAACUUACGCGGUACAAAUAUAUUAGAUGACUGGAAGUAUUCAUGUAUAUAUAACUGUGUUAAAAUCAAAAAUACUGCAAAAUAACGUGAUUUUUAAUGUUUUCACACAUUGAAGGAAAAAUAUAUGAAUACAUAUACCUACAUUA